AUUUUAAUUUAUUACUGAUAAGAUAAUUGAUAUGUGAACUUGAAAUUUUUGUCACAUGAUAUUGUUAGCCCAAGGAUUCUAUAUAUUAAGUUUUUAAAUCAGUAUGACCAUUAUAAGACAUAGAUAUUGGAAUGUCCCCGUUUUGCCCCAUGGCCCCGUUCUGCCCCACGUUCCCCUACUGGAAACAACCUUCAUCAAAAUGACCACUGAUUUUCAUAAAACUUUAAGACCUAUUUUAUUUUUAUGUAAAAGUAUAGGUUUAAUUAAUAUUGCAUAUACUGUGGAACCGACUGGAUUAAUAAUUCGGGAUAUGAACUCAACGUUUCUUGCAUAUCUAGAAAUAUUACGGAUGAUUGUGUUGUUGUUAUUAACUUAUUCAUACUGGAAUCAGUUCAAUCGAGAAGUUCAUAUUAUUUUAGUUAUAGAGAUUAUAAAAAUUUGGAUAAUCAUUAUUGCAUCCAGACUAUCAACGAUAUGGAUAAUCAAAUUUAUUAAUGGCGUUACUGAGUUUGAUCAGAAAAUUACACCACUUUCAACAAGUUUAUCGAUUACACAACGUUUAUGGAGAAAAAAUAAAUGGAAUUGGAUUUUUAUUAUGUUAUUUACAUUUUUUGUCGGAUUUAGAUUCAUGAAUAUCUAUUUUACUCCCAAAAAGAUGCAAAAUAUUGCAACAUAUAUGUUUGUCCAUCCAUUAUUCAAUCCUCCUCAUGUUAUGGAUUAUGUACUGACGAUCUCUUCUUGUUUCUUUCUUCAUAACAUAUAUGCCAGAUUCCAAACGUUAAACGAUAUUUGGAAAUGUCUUCCUGCUGACUUAGUUGUCGAUUUUGACAAAUGGACACACAACGAAAUAAUAGAUGUCAUGGAAAACACGCGACUGUUACAUUCCGAACUCUGCGAAUUGUUAAAAAUGUUUACUCUUGGUUACGGUCCAUUGCUUUUGUGUUUCUUUAUAUCCAACUUUAUCAAUAUGCUACUCGGUUUUUAUUUUAUGAUCAAUUAUGAUGUAAUCUUCAAUUUACAAUUUACCGGGAAACGAAUACUAUUGAUGUUUUUUCACGCACAGAGCAUCACAUUUUUGAUGUUUAUUAUUGUUUUCGUUUCAUUCAUCAACGAUGAGAGAUUGAAAAUUAUAUCAUAUUUACGAUUAUACCGAAUUUCAAUUUUACACUUUGAUAUUAAACGACAAAUUAAAAUGUUUAUGAAUCAAAUAUCAGCUUGCGAUUCAGACCAAAUUUCAGCAUUCGGAUUUUUUGAUGUUAAUUUAAAUCUUGUUACAUCAAUUCUUGUAUUAUUGAUAACUGGAAUAAUCACUUUGGUACAGAUGAAAAAUCACCCAAUCAUAUUCAAAUUUAACAAUAACACUAGCAACUUGUAUAGUAAAUUAUAAUAUAAAUA